CUGAUGCAACAAAAUAAAUUAUGCUUUAUAGCACGAUUCUCCAUCACUCUGGCACGAUUGUCUGAAAACAUAAUUAUUUCCAUGCGCGCCACCCUAUCGUGUAUGAGUCUUUCGUGCACAUAUAUGACGAGGAGCACAUCAUAUGCCUGCACACAUGCACGUGCAUGACACCUGCACGCGGAACCUGCGCAGAGAGUGGCACGAUAGUUUUUAUUUUUAUUUGUUGAUGUCAGUAAAAAGGAAUGAAUACCAUUUGCAAUCGUCCAUUGUUACUAGGGACCCUUCAAAGCUGUUAAGCUUGCAGUAGGCAUUUGUUCUACCAAUGGAAAUAAUACGAUGAUGCACUACUCAAACUGGCUUAUUGGGGUGAAAAACAGGGCAAGCAUUAGAAAUGCAUGUAAAACGCCUAACAUCGAAGAGGACAGCAGAGGACAUCCCGUCGAAAUGCAGAAAAAGAACCCAUCGACGAAUCGAAAAGCAUCCGGGCUGACGUUAGCGUUCGGCAUAUCCCUUUGGAAAAAAGGCUACAAAAUAAUCAAAAAGAUUGGGGAAGGAACAUUUUCAGAGGUGGUGAAAACUCAAAGUGUGAAAGAUGGGAAAUUCUACGCUUGCAAAACCAUGAAGCAGACAAUUACCAGUCUAGAGCAGGCGAACAACCUUAGGGAAGUCCAGGCCAUGAAGAGACUCAGCCCACACACCAAUAUCAUUCAGCUGCAUGAGCUGAUAUUUGACAAAGAAUCUGGCACCCUGUCCUUGAUUUGUGAACUGAUGGACAUGAACAUGUAUGAAUUCAUACAAGGUAGACAAUCUCCAGUGCCUGAGAACACGAUCAAACAAUACAUGUACCAGCUUUGUAAAUCCCUAGAGCAUAUGCACAGGUGUGGCAUCUUUCACCGAGAUGUGAAGCCAGAAAAUAUUCUCAUUAAACAAGACACCCUUAAGCUUGGAGAUUUUGGAUCCUGCCGGAGUGUGCACUCCAAACCUCCGCACACAGAGUACAUUUCCACUCGCUGGUACCGGGCCCCCGAGUGCCUCCUCACAGAUGGAUACUACAGCCUAAAAAUGGAUGUCUGGAGCACCGGCUGCGUUUUCUUUGAGAUCUUCAGCUUGAACCCUCUGUUCCCUGGAUCGAAUGAACUAGACCAGAUUGCCAAGAUCCACGAUGUGCUGGGGACACCAGAAGUCAGCGUCCUGCAAAAAUUCAAGCAGUCCCGGGCGAUGUGUUUCGAUUUCCCCCCUAAAAAGGGAAGUGGUAUCUCCCGGCUGAUCCCCAACUGUCCGGCACCAGCCCUGUCUUUGCUGUACCAGAUGUUGGCCUACGACCCAGAUGAGCGCAUCUCCGCACAGAUGGCCUUGCAGCACACUUACUUCCGGGAAAUCAGACUGGCUGAGAAGAAAAGUGAAAGUCUGAUGAGGACUAUUGAGGCAGUUGAGGCAGGGGACACUGGUAAGAUGCCUCAUUCUAUAGAGCACAUCUGGCGGCCAGCCCGAAUCGGCAAGCAAGUGAGGGGAAGACACUCAAGACAGACUUCUUUAUUAAGUCAUAGCAUAAAACAUGGAACCGAGCCCCUGAUGAGACGCAACAUCCCCCACUAUGCAGCGGAGUUACCCAAGCUCAACAUGGUGGUGCCGGGACCCCAGGUCUCCUACCAAGCCGCCACGGUGCCUCCUCACGCUGGGGUCCACCGGAACUCACUGCCUGCAAUCUCAACCAAGAAGUGCCAUUCACGGUUGGCCAAGCCCAGGGAUGAGUCGCAUCGUGCCGGGCUCAAGGCCUACUACAUGCCACCUCUAGACAGAAAACGUGGAGGUUACUGAGGGAAAGACCACCAACCCUGACGGGCUCAGAAAGACAAAAUAAAGCGCUUUUUUUAAACCCCUUUAUGUGUGAUGCAAGUUGGUCGGUGAUGUUUUGUACAGCAUCAGAAACAAAUAUGUUUUAAAAAAGAAAGAUACAAACUGAAUGUAUGGCCUUUCGAGGAAUAAUUACAAGAACAGAUACUGUAAAUGCCUAAUAAAAUCAAACUUCCGAUUUA